AUGCAUGACAUUUUUUUCAGUUCUGUCAAAAUGACGGCGAGUUACACCAUCAGUAUCGCAUUCCUUUUUAUGCUGUUUCAAAUAUUCACUGAAACACUCUCUCAACAAUGCAUCAAUGGUGGGUCAGAGGAAUCCAUCUUGGGUUGGAAGCUGCAAAACCACGUCUACACGACGCUAAAGGCAAACUUUGGAUAUGAGUGCGUACUUAUUUGUCGUCAGGACAGCAGGUGCCAAAGUUUCAAUUGGGUGAUCUCUCUUAACAUGUGUAAGUUCAGCGACAAAACCAAAGAAGCCAGACCUGAGGAUUUUGUUCCCGAUCCAGACAGAUAUUACUACAGGCGAGACAGGAAUCGAGGUGAAGUUUAUGUCAGUUAAGAUCUCUCAGUAUUGAAAGAAGUUUUUAAGGGGGCCCAGUGCAAUUUUCGUGGCGACACACCUGGAGGCAUCUAAAUUUCAGUCAUCAUUCCCAGGAAAUAUUUACGUUAAUUUGUUACAAAAAUUGACAACUUAACUGAUCAAUAAUACACGACAAAAAAGGCUGUGCGUUUUAAGAAAGAGGUACUAUGUAUGCGCGAAACUUUCAUGUCCAGCCAGAAAAUAACUUGAAAAUGACAACAUUUUUACGCGAUUCAGACCUCGUAAUAAAAAUUAAUUAUCGGCAUCCUUAUUAUUGGGUGUUUUUUUCAGUGUUGCGGAAACCAUUGUUGGUUCGCUUCUGUGGGUAGUGUCUAAUCAUUCUUAUGUAUAGUAUUACGUCAUUUUUAGUACUUGCACCAAUCCGCAACACCAAGAAACCACCUUAUUGGGCAGGUUAUUCUAAAAGAAAAAUUCGUGUGUUUACUUUUAGUCAUGCCGGGAAAAGCAUUAUUAAAACUUCUCCUCAUUGUUCGGUAGUUUUCUAUUUCAUUAAAAAUCGGUGCCGCUGCUGCUGUCCUUCGAUAAGAUACUCCGGCCAGUCGUCUACUUCGUCUCUCAUAUUAUAAUCAUCCAUGGUUUUUAUAGCGGAGCACUAUGCGUAAGAAAAAAAGGUAACCCAUAGAUGCGAGAAACUUGGUAAACAACUGAAAACACAUCUGUCCAUCCCCGACAUGUAAGCCGGUGUGAAGUUUUGCAUUCCAGCAUCCGCGCGUUUGGGCGGUAAAUCACAUGGCCACCCGGACUGUUAGAGAGAAAACAACAACAAACUUAAGCCUAGUCUUUUUUCUUUUUUUUUUUUUGACUAAAUCUUAAUUAAUGUUUACACUGACGUGGAUAACAGAGAAAGAGCUAGAGCUAGAGAUAAAAAACAAAGACGACGAAUUUCGUUGAAAGAACAACAUGAAAAUUAUGUAGUGGCGUUGAUAAAACGAGAAACGCUAGCGACCAGCAAGGUGAAAAUAAGCGGCAGUAAAGAAAAAAAGAAAAUUACGAAGAAAAUUAUUUGUGAACACAUACGACAUUUCCUCCAUGAAACGUGUAACUAGGAAGUUUCAACGACGGCAAAGAAAUGUAGAAGAAAGUAUGUUGCACGUGCAAAGUCUUUCAGUGCCGUCGCCAUUGCACUGUAUGAUUUUUGAUAAAUACAGUCUACUUUCUUUUCUUUAAACACUAUAACAUUUGACAUUUUAGUUUAUGUACGUAAGAAUGGCUCAAGGUUUGCUUAUUUUUCCCGUAAAUCACCUUGUCCUUCCACUGUAUCAAAUGUUUGGCACAUGUACAGAAUUGAAAAAUUUCUUCACAGUGGUUUCAAGUUUUUAUUUAAUUUUUUUUUUCGUUUGAGUAAAUUAUAACUUUCUUUACGAGAGCUUCUUUUUUUGCCUUGCCUAAAUCUAUAUAUUAGAGUUAUAUUACCUAUCCAAGCCCUAAGAACAAGUGCAGUUUCCUCGAACGGACCAGUUUCUUCAUUCAAUGCUGGUCGUCUACAGUAGAUAGCCGACAAUUUUCGUGCAUCGCCGGAACACUUGCUCAAAAAUAUUUGCUCGGGCGAGUAGAUGUGGCCUAACUUAAACAGUGCUCCAGUACAACUUGUCGCUAAUUAUUGAUUAUUUUCGAGAUCGUUUGUGCUUUUAUAUUAAAUAAAUUCGAGGAAGGGCAUGCACUAUAGAAUUCUUUGAAAAAACUUCACCAAACGUGUAUAUUAUUGACGUCUCAAAGUUUCUAUCAAUGAUUAUCGAUUCGAUGCUGACAAUUUAAUUUCAGAAUAACCAUUACAUAAUUAAUGGGACAUUUUCUCUUUAGUUCCUCUUGGAUCCACUCCUGAGCUUCCAGCUGAAACAUGCAAAGAAAUCAAAGCAAGUGAAGGGGAGGUAGAGAGCAAGAAGUACUGGCUGAGUACCAUUAAACCUGGUUCUACUGUGCUCGCUCAUUGCGAUAUGAAGACUGAAGGUGAACAAAUUAAAAAAAUAUAUCUUCAUAAAUUAAUGGCGAGCGUCUCCUUUCGCGCGCUAUUCUCGCGUGACUUCUAUUUUACUGAGUAAAAUAUUUAUUUCUGAAUUUACCUAAUUAUAUCUUGCCUGUCAUUUUUCUAUUUAGGGGUUGUAUUCUUUUAUUAUAUUUUUUUUUAUUUACCAUUUAUAUUUACGCUUUGAUCUAUUCUUGGUUUGCACGUGACGUCAAUAAAAAUCAAACAAAAAACUAUCGAUUCUUCCGAGUUUCUACUUUCACGAGGUAUUACAGCACCUAAACACCUUUAUAUAAACAAAUUUUUGGUUCCAAAGGGUUCUUCGUUCUGCGAGAGAGGACGCUUGAAGUUCCAGGCUUUUGCUUGUCGCGGCAUUUAGCUGACGGCCAGGAGAGCUCUUAAUAUGUGGGUUAAAAACAUUACCGAUUUUGGGAGAUUUUGCUACCUAAACAUUCCCUGUUUCAGAAUAAAUAUUACUUUAAUCUUUAUGAGUUCCUCAAGGGCAGAAUUCACGCAUUAGUAGAAAAACUCGAAAACAGAUGUUUCCGUUGGUAUUCGGCCGCCAUAUUGGUGUCCAUACAAAGCUUUAUAAAUUUACUACUAGGUGAAUCGUUUUUCCGAAUAUCUCGCAUUUGAAAUAUUGCAGAGACCUGAUUUUAGCCCAGAUGUUUUGUAUAUUUAUCUUCUCUCAUUUCCCAUAUCCUAGACGUUCUGUAUUGAAUGGUUUGCAUUUUUAUUUUUCAUUGCGUGACAGUGCAAACCGAGAAUCCUGACAGGAUCUUAUAGCUAACGGAUUCAAAGCAGCUUUUAGCAUGGUUAGAAAUAAGUAUAAAAAACUGGACAAAGUUAAUGUUCGGCCGAAUAUCUGUAGAAAACAAAGCGAACAUUUUUCAGAGGAAAAAGCUCCCGUGAACGAUUCCCAGUGCCAGGAAAUACUCUGGCUGAAAGUAAAGUAAGUAAUGGCGUCAUUUCGUCAUUUCGUCAUUGUAAGCCUGAUCAUAACAAAUUUUCAAUGUUAUCUAAUAUGUGGUAAUAAUUUUUCGAAUUCUUUGUUAAUGGCGACGUAGUUUGUGCUCAAACUUCUGAGGUAUUGACCCUGUUAAAACCCUAUAGAGCCACCUUCGUUCGAGGAAAACGAGCACGGUGAUACUUUUCUUGUGCAAAUAAAGGUAUGUCAUUUUGGACCCUCUGUAAAAGCGUUUUCUGUACUAUAACCCUGACGGUACUUCGGAGGCUAAAGUGGAUAACGGUGUCUGUGUGUUUGAUCAAACACAUCCUGCCCAGUCAGCUUCAACACAGAUUAAAUUGCAGUCUGAAAUGGAUACCAAGGCGCAGCUUGUAGCAAACCUGAAUAAUAGACCCUGAUCCACGCUGUUCUGGUUAAUGAAGACAGAGAAAAAUGCAAUACAUGCAUGACCAUGUAGGGAAAAAGCUUACAGAUCAGAGUUAUAGUUUAAAGAAAAAACAAUUCAUUUGAAAAUUGAAUACAAUAAAAUCUGUCACGGCUUUCAGUGACAAAAUUAUCCGCAUACCUGUAAGCUACUAUGCGAUAGCUAACCACUGAGACCUUCGUGUUUCUCCCUCUUUCUUCUCUUUUAUGAUCUUUUAUAACCUAAGUCUGUGUCUUUGUCCUGUCAAUUACGCUUGAUAAAGUGUUUUAUGAACAUUUCCUUAAAAAAUUAUUCGUGCGUGUGUUGCUAGUAAAGGGUCGUAAAGGCAGGUUUUAAACAAUUCAAAAUACGAUAAUUGUGUUAUUUUUACUCAGAUGUCGACGAAUGCACUGCUUCCUCUCCCGUCUGUGAUGUCAAUGCUCAAUGUUCGAACACUCGUGGGUCUUAUAGCUGUAGAUGCAAAGUUGGUUAUUCUGGAAGCGGAAAAACUUGCAAAGGUCUGUGUGGUGGUGGUAGCAAACAGCUUUUGCAACACUAGAAUUACUUGUCCCCAAAAUUCGAACUGGUAGCUCGUUCUACCUACCACCUAGCUCGUUCUACCAAAACAAUUUCAACGCUGAAUUUUGAACGACUUUUAGAUACGGACUUCUGCUCCAACGAUUUCUCUGAAAUUUCUCUGGCAUAUUUCAGUACUAUAUUAAUAAAAGCCGAUACCAGAAAUUUCAAUAAAAAAUUAUGAGACAAACUUUUUACUGGACGUCAUUUUCUUUAAACAGUAGGAUCUACUUAUGCGCUUAUUUCGCUAAAAAAAUAUUUACCAGCAAUGAAAUCGAAGUAUUUCAAAUUAUUGCUGAAGGAUAUAGGUGAUUUUUUGCAAAGUUUCCGAGCCAUCGCAUUAAAAACGGUAAAGUUAUGAUGAAAAGGUCGUCAUAGCUCAAUGAGCGUCUAUUAAUUGGGUCCAAAUGUUAUUACAGAUGGUAUCUUUAUUACACUUGCAAGGUCCAGUUAUUACACUUGCGCCUUCUACAAGAAUUUCGAACAACAUGAAUAGUAUGAUUUCGUGCUAACUUUUUAAGGCCAAAUGCGGAAAGGGUUAAGUCUGUCAAAGUUGAUGUUAACGGCACUUCAGCCGUCAGCGAAUUUCGCUUGCAAAAAACAUGCUUAUAAACAUGCUUAACAGAGAGAACAUAAAAAUGUUUUGCCAAUUGAAAGAAAAUAAAAUAUUUUUAUGUUUCUCAUCUCUCUUUUGUUUAUUUUCAGAUAUAAAUGAGUGCACAGCUAACUCUGAUAACUGUGACGUCAAUGCUGUUUGUCAAAAUACCGUGGGCUCUCACACGUGUUCAUGUAAAGCUGGAUAUACAGGAAAUGGAAAACAAUGUCGUGGUAAGGACGAUUUCAAAGAAAUACAGCAAAAAAGACUGAAGGCCAUUUUCAACUCACACUAUCUUUUUCAGUACUAUGGGCUCAAAAUGACCAAGUUCCCAUACUGCCGAAGUGCUUGUAUUGAUAGCGAAGACAGUUAUGCCUGCGAGCAAGUUCUCUAUUCAAAAUUGGGAGCGAAGCGAGCCCCGCAACGAGCGGUUAAGGGGCAGGGGAAAUGAGAGGUCGCAACUGUCUCUACAGGUUUUUCAUUUUUGGUUCAACUGGGCGAAGCGAAAUACCAUUUGGCUGAAAAAAUAACCUUCCUGCCAUAAACAUUUUCUGCAAAUUUACAUACAAAGCUUAAAGUGCUUGGCUCCGAGAAAGAAAACAGGGCGAGGAAGAAAAUCGCUCUUGACUAUCUUUCCAUUCCUUUCCUCCUCCCUCGAUGAACCCAACUGAAGAGGUCUUUCGUUAAGGCUGGUGAAGAGUGUUAUAUAAAUAAUAAUAAUAUAGCACAUAAUAAAUAAUGACAUUCUGUUGAAUUUUUCACUCCGAUGUUGGCGAAUGCACUGCUUCUAAUUCUGCCCUUCGUGACGUCAAUGCUCAAUUUCCGAAUACUCGUGGGUCGCGAUCAAAGUGCGUUAAGAAGGACCUGAGGAGGAGGCAGAAUUAGUAGUCAGAGCAUUGUACUGAUUAUCAGUAAAAUUCAAAAAUGAUUGCAAUGAACAAAAGCAGAUUCCAACAGUAUUACAUAUCACCCUCAAAAAACUACUUUUUUUUUAAUUUGCACUUUUAGACGUGGACGAGUGUUCCAAAAACGUUCACUCCUGUGAUGUCAACGCUGUGUGUACGAAUACCCCAGGAUCGUAUUCUUGCGCAUGCAACGCUAGAUAUUCAGGAAAUGGUACAACAUGUGUACUUGGUAAGAAAAUACUAUGCCUGUGACUUACCAAAGUUUCGACAAAUUCAAAUAGAAGUUUAUACUAUGAAAUUUUAAACAUUUAGUACUUUGUCUUAUCUCUAAUUAAACCAUCAUCUUCAUAAAGAGAACAUGGAACUGUUUUUUAUGUAGAAAACACGCCGCAAGGCACGCGCAUACGUAAGGCAUGGAUGGCAAAUGAUUUGGUCCAUGGAUAUGAUAGCGUAUAGCAGCCAGUCUUCAUAUAAGAACCCUUAGGUGUUCUGAUACUUUUCUUCGAGAUCAAUUUGGUUAUGGGUUGCUCAAUAAACUCGAAUUUAAUGCCUCGCUGCCCCUGAUUCACUAAAUCAUAGACUCAUGCCAAAGCUUCAGUAUCCUUAAUAAAGAAACUCAAACAGGCAAACAAAAUUAAUAAAGUUAUGUUAUGUGAACAAAUUUUAUGCUUACUUUCCCUUUAAAAAAAAUACCCGCCGAAGAACCUCUCCGAAAGCAGAUUAAUUACACCAGUAGCUCGAAUUCUUUAAAUCCAACAUGAAGUUUCGUGCUAUUCUACAUUGUGCUGGUUCUAGACAGUCCGUUGGAAGGUGACUAAUCUAUUCAGUGAUUUUUUGAGUCUUUCGCUCUACAAAAUAAGUUCGAGUGUCAAAAUACCGCAUUUAUUUUACUAGAUGUAAGCUUGGCAACGUAGCGCCAUUAAAUAAGAGUCCAAAAUUGAGUUUUAAAUAUAACUAUUUAAAAUAAUAAUAUAGAAAUAACUUUUAAAAAAAGCGUUAAAUUAUUUUCUGCAUCAGUCACAAAAAAACAAAACCCUAUUCCUUCUACUAAUUGAAAACAACGUACAGUGAAAUAAGUUAGCGACCGAAUGCAGUUGAUCAUCAGUACGUCAAGUUUUUUUAAGAGACAGGGGCCAUAAGUAAGAACGUUCAUCUGAUUAAUUACUAGUUUUUAUUUAAUUUUUUUGUUUUGAAAAAAAUAUUCAGUAAAUCGUCGUUUUUCUGUUCAGUAUCAUUCAGAGCUGUAUUUACAAACCUCGGUGCGAGUGGAAGACUGGGUCCAACUUCUCUUGGUAGUAACUACAGUGGACAGGAUCAUGACGGUCAAGUUACAUUGGUCAGCGGUAUUCAACAGUGGACUGUACCACACACAGGUGACUACCGAAUAGAGGCGAUAGGAGCUGCAGGGGGGUACGACGUACGCAGUAAUAGAGGACAGUACCAGGGAAGAGGUGCUAGAAUGAAAGGAAGUUUUCGCUUACUGAAAGGCGAAAAAAUUCAGAUACUUGUUGGUCAAGAGGGUGGAAUCAACAGACAUAGCCAGAGCUCAGGAGGCGGUGGAGGUACUUUUGUAGUGAGAGGAAGCAACACAUCUUUGAUAAUAGCUGGGGGAGGUGGUGGCAUAGAAAAUGCUUACUCCAGACAUUCAGGAUGCGAUGCCUCCACAGGGACCGCAGGGAAUCCUGGGUACAGGUCGUGGUCAGGAGGAAGUGGUGGACAAGGAGCAACGACCGCUGACAGCAGUAACUCAGGUGAGCUGAGUGUGUGUCAAGAUGAGUAGGGCCACCACGACAGCAAUCUUCGCUAAAUCUAAAAUCUAACUACGUCCGCCCUCUUCAACAAUUAAAACGUUCAUCAAAGUAAAGGAACUUCAUACAUCAGGCCUUAAUAGCUGCUUAAGACUUUCUUGCCUUGUUUCCUCAAGAUUGCUCAAAAGAAGUGUAGUUUAAAUUUGCUUAACUUUCAAUAAUACAUGAAAUGAAUUUAUAUUUGUUAUAUUGUUCCUCACAAUAAGAGUUAGGUUUUAAUGACCUUGACCAAAUCCCCUGAUUGAAAUUGGUGGUAUGCAUUUGAAUUUAACAAGUAAAUAGGCAUAUUAGUGACACAGAUCGAGGCCUAAGUGAUGUGAUUACUUUUAUCAACAGAAUCUUAAUUUUAUUUGUUAAAUGAAAAUGGCCUCAAGAAAUCCACCUGCACAUGUUAUCUUUUGUUCCUCAGUGAAGAGUUACUGAUAAUAAUGUUAUUUAUAUUUUAGGUGGAGGCGGUGGUGGCUUUUAUUCCAGUGGAAGAAGCUCAAAGCACUUCGGAGGCUCAAUGGGGUAUGGCGGAGAAGGAGGCAAAGGAUUUCUUCAGGGAGGAGUGGGUGGAAGAGCCAGGUAUUACAAUGCCGUAGGCGGCUUUGGAGGGGGAGGUGGCGCUUAUGGAAGCGGAGGGGGUGCUGGAGGUGGAGGAGGCUACUCUGGGGGAAGUAGUGGGGAUAAUGAGAAUGACUCCUGUGGAGGAGGGGGAGGAUCCUAUAACACUGGAAAGAAUCAGCAGAAUGAAUGUUGUUAUAAUACAGCUGGACAUGGUCAAGUGACUAUAACAUUAAUAUAG